AGUACACUGCUCUCUCUAAAUACAAGCAGCAAACAUAGGAGAAAGUUCCACAAUUCAAUCGAACUGAAGAAGUUAAAGAAAGCCGGUACUAAUUAAUUAUAAGGAGAUGUUGUCCUUAGCCCGUGAUCUAGUUAAAGUACGUUCGAAGGGAGAUGACAGUGAAAUUAAGCCUUUAACUGUCUGCUUUUGGAGCGACUUAAUGAGUAACCCAGCUGUUAUGUAUGGAUUAUUUUCACCCAAACCAAGAAGGCUCGAUUACGAUCCGAAUAAAGUAAAAGUUAUGGGAACAAAGAAUGGAAUGAUUAACCAAAUCAAUAUAAGAACGGUGGAAGAUUUGGAUUCCAUUCAGGAAGAACUGCUCGGUAUGCCUCUUCUUCUCAGGGUUCACGCUCAAUUCGAACAACAAAAUGUACCUGCUAACGAUCAAAAAUUCGAAGGGGAUUUAGCCUUACUAGUUGAUACUUCCCAUCCGAUGAUAAGACCCGAAUUGGAAGAGGCUUUAGAGAGAGCUAGGAGAAUUUUACAAGCUAGAGGAAAAGUUUGUAUACAGUUGGACUUUGGACCUGCUAUCGACCAAUGGCUAAGAACGACUUAUCCAAAAGGUUGCUGUACUCUUGGUAAUUUGAAACCGCAUAAAGCUAGGCUUUUCAUUACUAAUUACUCCAAGCCUACCGCUUGCUUCGAUUGUACCACUCUAUGGCAUAUUUUCUUCUUAUGCUGGACAUUUAGUGCUCCGUGCUACAAGGUAUUAUUUAUCUUUAAACUCUUCUCUUCCUUUCAAAGGCCUAUAACUAUAUCUUUUUAAUAACGUAUAAAAAUUAGCCCUACAAAAUAAUAAGACCUAGAGGAAUGCAAUGAUAACCUUAAUUUUCUUUCGAUAAACUGCUAAAUUCCAGAAUAUCAGUAUGCUACUCAAUCAAACACAAAAAAAAAAUCCAGAAAAUACAUCUAAUUUUCGGUAAAUUGAAUUUUUGGAGCCACAAAAUGCUCUUAAAGGACUAUCGUAGGAUAUAAUUGAGGAAAAGAAAACAAAUUCUCACCAGUUCUCAUUAAAACUGUAUGAAGUAGUUACAGACUAGUAGCCAAAACAAAAAGAAACACUUUUUUUUCCAAUAUUCUCCUAUAAUCAUGAAAUAAUAUGUUGUUUUGAUAUCUUUUAGGCGUAUAGAACGUGCAAAUGUACAGACAUCAUCAUAAGGCCAACCACCCCGAUUGUUCGAAGAACAACCCUACCAUCUGGAAAAGUUGUGGAAAUAACACGGUGUAAGCCUCGUUUUGACAUCUGACCGAUAUUCUUAUUCUAAUCUCUUCCGCUCUCUGAUAAAAACACAAUUUUUUUCAACAUUUUUAUAUAAACAUUCCUCUUUUCAUUUUCUUAUUUAUAGAUGGUCUGCAUAAUGAAGUUAGCUGAAGUACUAUUUAUUAUUUAUUUUUACACGGUUAGGUUAUUUCCUUGUUGUUACAUACUAUAAGAAACCCGCGCACGGCGCCAUCUUGAUUCUGCAUUACAUGCAUGUCUCGCACAAAAAACUUUUUUAAUAGUCUUACUAAACUGAUUGCUUUUGCUUAAUUAACAUUUUAAAAGAAAAAGUAUCCUCUUCUUUUAAUUAUUAUUUCUUUUCUUUUUAUUUUUUCUAUUAACAAAAAAAAAAGAGCCGACAGCCGUCAAAAAAAAAUGUACAAAUCAACCAGAACUCUUCUCCCGUCUUCUUCAUAUAUUGUUCUAAAAAACAAAAAAAAAAACAAAAAGAAAAAAAAUAUUCCAUUCCUAAUUAUGUAUUUUUUAGUUUUUUAAUUUGCAUAAAUUAACGCUUUUCUCGUCGCUUUUCAGGAAAACUGAAUUUGGAGAUUUGUAGACCUAUACUCUGGUUAUAAAUAGGCGAAGAGCAUGACAGAAACUUAGCAACAGAUAUAAUAGCUCUGUUGCUUGAAGUGCGUUUUCUUAGAGAUUGUUUUUAGUAGAAAAAUAUUGUCUAUAACC